AUGCUUUCCCCUCUCCUCACCGUCCCCUCCCUCCUCCUCCUCCUCCUCCCCAUUUCCCCAACCGCUUCCUUAACGCCGUCACCCACCAGGCUCCAGCCAGAAUGCGCCACGUCGUUCUCGAAAACCCCGUCCGCCUCCUUCAACAACAACAACCCCCCCUCCCUUCCCUUCUCCUCCCCCUUCGCCGCCACCCUCCACUCCACCCUCUCCGCCAUCCAGACCCUGGUCUCCACCAUCUCCUCCUUCUCCCGCAGCAGCGCCUUUUCCGGUGGCGACCUCCGCCUCUCCUCGGCCAUCUCCGACUGCCUCGACCUCCUCGACCUCUCUCCUCGGAGCUCUCCUCUGCCUCGACCCGGCCACGGCUCCGGAGACCGCCUCUCCGACCUCAGGUCCUGGCUCUCCGCCGACCUCGGCAACCAGGACACGUGCCUCGAGUCCCUCUCCGGCACCUCUCUCUCCUCGCUCCUCGUCGGCUCCGGCCUCGACUCCGUCUCCUCCCUUGUCGCCCGAGCCCUAUCCCAGAUCCCCGGCGGGUUGAACAAGAGAAAUCUCGUUUCUUCCGACGGGUUCCCGAAAUGGGUCAGAGCAGAGGACCGGAGAUUAUUGCUGCAGAUGGGACCCGGCGGGGUGACGCCGGAUGUGGUGGUGGCGGCGGACGGGCCGGGAACUACACGACGGUUGGGAGCGGUGGAGGAGGCGCCGGCGGAGAGCGAGGAGAGGUUUGUGAUUUACGUGAAGAAGGGGGUUUACGUGGAGAACGUGGAGAUCAAGGAGAAGAAGUGGAUGAUAAUGCUGAUUGGGGACGGAAUGGAUCAGACGGUGAUCUCCGGCGACAGGAGCGUUGUCGACGGGUGGACCACUUAUCGAUCUGCUACCGUCGGUAUAUCCGGAAGAGGGUUCAUUGCACGGGACCUAACGAUUGAAAACACCGCCGGACCCUCAAAGCACCAAGCGGCCCCCCUUCGCUCAGACUCAGACUUAUCAGUCUAUUAUCGCUGCGCCUUCAGGGGUUACCAGGACACGCUCUACGCCUAUUCCCUUUGUCAGUUCUAUUGCGACUGUGUGAUCACAGGCGCGCUCGAAGUCGUCUUGAAAAGGACACAGGGUUUGUUAUCCAAUCAUGCAACGUUACCGCAGAUACGGAUCUCAUCAACAGAUCCUAACCAGGACACAGGGUUUGUUAUCCAAUCAUGCAACGUUACCGCAGAUACGGAUCUCAUCAACAGCGUGAACCAAACAUACACCUAUCUCGGUAGGCCUUGGAAGGAGUACUCGAGGACGAUAGUUAUGCAAUCUUACUUGGGCAACGCCAUUAGGCCCGAAGGGUGGCUACCUUUUCAGGACGACUUCGCGCUCAGCACGUUGUAUUACGUGGAGUACAUGAAUUAUGGGCCUGGAUCAGGCCUGGCAAAUAGGGUUAAGUGGCCGGGCUACCACGCGACCAACCGUUCAGCUGACGUGGCCAAUUUUACGGUGGCUCAGUUCAUUAAGGGGGAUAUGUGGUUGCCGUCGACUGGGGUUAAGUAUACGGCAGGGUUGGUGUAAAUGGUCAGUUAGGGUAAAUACUUCGUAGAGAGUAGCUUUAUGGGGGAAGUGUGUUUUGAGGUCGCUCUCUUAAUUUGAAGGGUCGUGGGCUGUUUCAUAUUUGUUAUUGUUAAGUCCGAUUCUUUUUGUUUGAUUAUAGCGGAAGACUAAGUUACUGUCAAGGUUGUUAAAUUUUCUGUUGUCAUUAACGUGAUAUGCGGUUUCGUGUCUGGAUGUUGAAUCACCGGGGUUUUCCCAUGUUUGAUCACGAGUGGGUUAGUCCGUGUGUAAAGUCAGGUCUAUAAUAGUCCCACAUCGAUCGGAUAUACGAAAAUUAUGAAGUUUAAAAAAGAAAAUUUUGUUCUAAGUACCCGAGCAAUGAGGAAAUGUGCUUGUGAGGAAUGGGUUCCGCUACUUCCUUCUGAUUGUUGAUGACCUUCUGCAUUAGACCUGAGCUCAAUGUGUACUUGUUUUUAAAAU